AUGUCAGCACCUAUACAAUCCAGUUCUACAUCUUCAGACCUCUUCAAGUCUACCAUUAAUGAGUACCUUGACAAUCUUCCAGAGGCAGUUCAUUCUCAGCUUUAUAGAUCUCCUGAGACAUGUCUUGCCAUCUUCAGGUUGCUUCCGUCUUUGGCCAAGUUUUACAUAAUGACACUUUUAUUUCAAGAAACUGCCAUACCUUACGCAGACUUAAAUCGAUGGAUUAAGCCUCAAAAGGCUACUGGACACCAUAGAAACGCCAAUAAGAUCUAUCAGAACGAGUCCAUUAAACGAUUAAAGGCCCUUAAUCUAUUGAAGGAGAUUCGAAAAAAGGUGAAGCAUCCUACCACAGGGAAAUUGACCACUAUAGUGUUUGUUCAGCUAAAUCCCAUUUUCAGGCAGAGUUUUAGAGAUGCAUUGACAGGUUUUAGAGACGGUAUACCGCGUGAUCAAAGCGAGAAGAUAGCUGAGACUAUAGAAGAAGCCGAAGCAGAGUCAGAGAAGACCUUGGAAACUUCAUCUGUUUCCUCUUCUUCCGGUCCAAGCUUAGAAAAUCUCUUUGCUACCAAAUUUAAGAUUACGGUAGGAUUCUUGGAUAGUUAUUGUCUUGCCAAAUGGGAAAAUAUCCUUCAUUUCAUGGUUGGUUCUAAGAUAAAGCAUUAUCCGAGUAUAGGAGUUCUUACUUUGCUAAGGUAUAGUGGAUUAAUGGAGCUCCCGUCGGACAGAAGACACAGACAGAGUGUGGAUGCUGACGAAGACAACUUUGUCGUGGAUGAUCAUUAUAUAGAUGGAGAAAGAGGUCCUCCUUCCGGUGAAGAGUUGAAAAGUUUAUUGAUUACAAAGAAUGGAUUCCAGUUUUUGUUGCAAGAUAUCAACUCACAAAUAUGGACGUUAUUACUUCAAUACCUUAAAAUGUCUGAGAAGUUGAUGAUGAAUCCUGUUGAUGUUCUUAAUUUUAUCUUUAUGCUUGGAUCUCUAGAGUUGGGCGAAGGAUACCCUAUUAAGGUGCUCAGUGACACUCAGCUGAUCAUGCUAGAAGAUUUAGUCGACUACGGUCUUAUCUUUUAUCCUAAGUCGGAAAAUAGUGAAGACACUAAGGGUAGGAUCUUUUAUCCAACGCGUCUUGCUACUUCGUUGACAUCAGAGAGUACCAAAUUCAAGACGGCUUCGACAGUGCUGAACGAGCAAAUAUCCAACACGGACAGUAAUCAGGGUAAAAUCAUCAUAGAGACAAAUUUCAAGAUAUACUGCUAUACUACGUCACCCCUUCAGAUUGCUAUUUUGAACCUAUUCGUUCAUUUAAAGAUUCGUUUUGCAAAUAUGGUGACAGGCAUUGUGACACGUGAGUCUGUGCGCGGUGCUUUGAUCAAUGGAAUCACGGCCGAUCAGAUUAUCACUUAUUUGGAGUCCCAUGCUCAUCCUGGUAUGGUCAAGAAGGCCGAAGAGAAAUAUGCUAAGAAAAUGGAAUUCGAGACCUCGAUUGGUAACUCUUAUACGGCUGACCAGAUUAAAUACGAGGUGCUUCCACCGACAGUAGUGGAUCAAAUUAAGCUUUGGCAGUUGGAAUUGGACAGAAUUCAAACGUUUAAGGGCUACUUGUACAAGGAUUUCGCCAACGAUUUCGAGUUUGAAAAGCUCCUCAGUUACGGAGAAGAAAUAGGUGUUAUAGUAUGGAGGGACAAGAUCCAUAGAAAGUUCUUUGUCACUAGUGAUGGCAAUGCUCAACUCAUAGAGUACGCAAAUAGGAUCUUGAGGAAAUCCGCUUCCAGAUCGGUCACUCCUUCCACCUGA